GUGUAUAAUUAUAUUUUCCAUUAACUCAGCCAUGCAAAAUGCACCAAUAAUCUCACAGUAUGUGAUUAGUGGUGUGCAUACGUACUCCAACUUUAGCACCAGCUGAUUGUUAUGAUGGACAAGUGCGAUUGGUGGAUGGUAAUGUCACAUCAGGAAGAGUUGAACUGUGCUUUAACCAAACAUGGGGUACCGUGUGUGAUGAUGGCUGGGAUGAUACUGAUGCUACAGUUGUCUGCAGGCAACUUGGACUGUCAUCUCACUUUCCUAUGGCACUUUCAUUUGCACAUUUUGGGCCGGGACGAGGACCAAUACACCUUGAUGACCUAGGUUGUAAUGGAAGUGAGGUUUCUCUGCUGGAGUGUCCUCAUAUAGGGGUUGGGAAUCAUAACUGCAGACAUUUAGAGGAUGCUGGUGUGGACUGCUUGGGUAUAUCUCCACCUUGCCUCUACAAUGGUGUGAUAUACUCUGAUGGGGACACAUUUCCCGCUGGGGAUGGUUGCAACAAUUGCACUUGUGCUUCUGGAAGUGUAGCCUGUACUGAAGCAUUCUGCCCAGUUGAACCUUGUCUGUAUGGAUCAGUGCGACUGGCUGAUGGAAGUAACACAAGCGGACGAGUGGAACUGUGUUUCAACAAUACAUGGGGAACAGUGUGCGACGAUGGAUGGGAUGUUAAUGAUGCUAGAGUUGUCUGCAGACAGCUUGGACUGCCAUUCUCAGACCCGAGGGCUGUUCGUAAUUUUGGUGGAGGAAGAGGACCAAUAUUUCUGGAUGACGUGGGGUGCAGUGGACGUGAAAGAACACUGCUGCGGUGCAAUCACACAGGAGUGGGAAUUCACAACUGUGGACAUCAUGAAGAUGCUGGCGUUUUCUGUGUCAAUGGGACUGGUUGUACCAGUGGAGAUGUUCGUCUGGUUGGAGGAAAUAGAACAGCAGGAAGAGUAGAAAUCUGUUUCAAUGGGGUGUGGGGCACUGUGUGUGAUGACAGCUGGGACACUCCAGAUGCCCAGGUUGUUUGCAGACAACUUGGACUGCCCUGGCGAGCUGCUACUGCUCUUGGAUUUGCUAGGUUUGGAGAGGGAACUGAUCCAAUACAUUUGGAUGAUGUGGGCUGUAGCGGAAACGAAUCGUCAUUGCAGGAGUGUCGUCAUAACGGAGUUGGAGAUCAUAACUGCGGUCAUAUCGAGGAUGCUAGUGUUGUGUGUUCUGAUGUGGUGCCAAGUGUGUGUGAGAAUUGGCAAGUCCGUCUGGUUGAUGGGUUUGACACUGAGGGACGGGUGGAAAUUUGCUUCAACAACACGUGGGGAACAGUCUGUGAUGACGAUUGGGACACUGAUGACGCUAGAGUUGUCUGCAGACAGCUUGGACACCCAACUGAAUAUGCAGUGGCGUAUUCAAAUGCAACGAUAUGGGGAGGGAGAAGGGCCAAAUACUACUGGAUGAUGUGGAAUGUUUUGGAUUUGAACCAUUGUUACAGCUGUGUCAGCAUAAUGGAGUCGGGAACAAUAACUGUGGCCAUUUGGAAGACGCUAGUGUUAGUUGUUCCACUGAACAGCCAGUGUUUUGUGGAGAGGAUGAAUUCCAGUGUCCGGGUGAUGAUUUCGGCUUUCCUAGAUGUAUACCAUUCAUGUACUUGUGUGAUUCAAUUGAAGACUGCGUUGAUGGAUUUGAUGAACAAAACUGCAGCACAAUUGAACUCACAAGUCCAUGUGAAUACUCUGUGAAAGAGGGAGAGACAGGGAGCAUAAAAGUAUGUAUGGCUGUCACCAAAGUCACGCGGAGAUUCAUACACAGGGUAUUUCCUAUUGUGGUCACUCCAUUUGGAUCAGCAAAAAAUCAAACAGAUUAUACUUUCUACAACGAAACGAUCGUCUUCAACGGGAGCUACUAUGAGGGAGAGUCAGAGUGUAUUUUGGUGACUGUCGUUGCUCAUACUGAUGGUAUAGUGGAGGGAAUUGAAAUGAUCUCUGUUAGUGUAGGACAGUUGGCUAUAUUCCCCAGUAUCUGUCUUCGUCAUUGAUUCCGACUACCUGAAGGUUGGAUUUGUGGAGGCAUCAUACUCUGUGUCUGAGUCAUCAGGUGUGGUGGAGAUAGCAGUGACGACAUUCCCAGAUAGUAGUGGAAACGUUCCCAGUAUUGGAAUACCGUUUGGUCUGAGGAUUACAAGUGGAGACGGAACAGCUCUUGCUGGUGAAGACUAUCAAGAUGUUCUUGCAACAGUUUACUUCCGUCCCGAUCACACUCCAUCGGCUGUAAUACGAGUCAGUAUCACUGACGACAGCUUGAGUGAAGGAGAAGAACGAUUCACAGUGCAACUAAAGAGCUACGAUUUGCCUAUUGUUUUGGCCAAUAGUGUGACCGAAGUUGUGAUCGAAGAUGAUGACGAGUUGAGAUGUCCAGACUUGAAAAACCCAGCCGACGGCUCUGUGGUGCAUGACGGCCUAGUUGUUGGCUCACAAGCGACAUACUCUUGCGAUGACGGAUAUAGACUGGUUGGUGGCAGUACCAGAACCUGUGAGAGUGACGGGACGUGGAGUGGAGAGUCGCCUCUCUGUAGCCAGAGUGGUAAAUAGGAAACUGCUUGCUGUGGUGGUGGUGUGUACUGUGGAACUCGUUGGUGAGAUAGAAGUGGAGAGAAAUUCUGCUACCUAUUCAUUCAGUGGUGUUGGCUCUGACAUUACUGGCUAUGUCUGCAAACUGGACGGAGUAAACUUGCCAGACUGUUCUGGUACCCUGACUGGUCUUAGUCCAGGACAGCACCGGCUGAGGAUUGUCCCAGUAGGAUGCAGUGUCAACAGUGGUGUGACCUUCCGUUUCGAAGUUUGAUGAUAGGGUCAUCAAAUUUAUUAACUCCUAUAGAGAACAAUGACAUGACUGUAGCUCUGCUGUAUAUUAGGUUGUAUAUAUUUCCGUAUCUUUAAUGGUUG